GCAAUGCUGCUACGUUUCUCUUCUCCCCUUCUCCUUGACCCCUUCUCUGCUCUCUAAGCCAGAGCUGGUGCCGCCGGCGUCGCUGCUCCGUUCUCUCUCGAUCACUACUCCGCUGAGUCCGUUCAACUCCUGCGCCGCCUCCAUUCUCCAUUUGAAGCUGGUAAUCCCCACUUAAACAUUUCUUGGGUAGCCACAUGUAUCACUCUGCAGAUUCAAAGCCUCCAGCUAUGGAUUCACCAGUGACCCUUUUGAUUAAGCACCUUCCCGAAGCUAUACCUCAUGACACCCUUUCUCGCCUCUUAUCUCAUUACGGUGCUUCCUCUCUUCGUCCUUGCUCUACUGGAAGGUUGAGGAAUUGUGCUUUCGUAGAUUUCAAAAAUGAAAUCUUGGCAUCUCAAGCACAACGUCAACUACAUGGGUUGAGGCUUCUUGGUAAAGUAUUGUCAGCAGAGAGAGCUAAUAAUCCAAUGGAAAGUGGCGAAAAAGGCAGUGUAGCUCAGCUGGGAAAGGACUCUAAAGCGUCUGUGGUUAAAGAUACAACUGUAACCAAAGCUAUUGAUGGAGAUACAAAAUCAGGAUGUUUCCCUGUUGCUAAGCCAAUUGCUGAAAGACUUGGUGUUGACUAUCCAUUUCCACCUCACCUUGAGUAUGCUUAUCCUCCGCCGGAUGGAAAUAUAUUGACCAACAUUGUUAAUGCUCUGAUUGCUGUUCCCCGAUUUUACACUCAGGUUCUACACUUAAUGAACAAAAUGAACAUUCCAGCUCCAUUUCGUAUGGCAUUGCCAACACCGCCAUUACCUCCAGCCGUGCCAACACCACCACCUCCCCCUCCUCCGGUACCUUUGAAGCCUCAGUCUGCAGAUCUGUCAAGUGGUGAAUCAGAGAUGGAAUCUUCAGAAGAGGAGGUAGAGCCAACAACAGAAAAGCCUAAGAAGCGUGCCAGGCGUGAGACAAUUAUUGGCCCUGCCAUUGAUAAAGAUGUAGCUCAUGAGGAUGUUGGAGUAAAACCAGCCACCUUAGUCCCAAAAGAAAUACCAUUAAUCAAGAAGAAGAACCCUGUUUUGCAGAUCAAUAUUGCUCCCAAAGAAAUUAAGGAUGAGCGUAAAAAUGAUGACAGAAGCCAAGAUUUACAGGAGCCAGAAAAAGAUAGUCCAGAUCCACAUAAAUUCUUGACUCCAGAAGAAUUAGAGAGUGGAAAAUUGCCUCCUGAAGAAAUAUUAUCUCUUCCAAUGUUUAAGAACUAUACCACUGGAAAUCCAGCUCCUGUGUUGUAUAUUAAGAAUUUGGCAAAAGAUGUGGUUGGUGAAGAUUUUUUUUUAAUAUUCGGGUGCUUGUUUGGAAGUAUUGAGACUGCCAAGUCUUGCCUUCAUGUAAAACUGAUGCAGGAAGGAAGGAUGAGAGGUCAAGCAUUUUUAACAUUCCCAUCAAUUGAGCUGGCUCAUCAGGGACUGAAUCUAGUGAAUGGAUAUGUAUUUAAAGGCAAGCCAAUGAUAAUCCAGUUUGGUCGGAAUCCUGGUGCCACUAAAGGAACUUGAUUCUGUGGGCACAGGAGGGAUGCACCACUAGUUUUGUGAUCUCAGAUCUGAGAAUCGCAUGAAGUCGUUUACUCAUCUCCCCUUGUCUAAAUGUAAAACAAUAGAUGGCUAAUGCUGCACCUUUAUGUCGACCGGGAGAUGACUCCGCUUUGAACUACAUAGCUCCAGACGACAUUUUGGAAUGUUUUGUGAUAUAGCAUUGAUCUUGAUGCUGCCAUUUACAUUUCCCAUGGAAGGGCGAUUCUGGGUUGUAAAAAGUUUACUUGUAUGAUGAAUGAUGUUAAGUUCCGCAAGAUAGGUUUGUAAUUUGGAUUAAGGUUACUAUAUUUAAGCACUGAUGGUAUUGCUUGUUGCUAUAGAAUCCAUUCUACAAAGGAUAAGCCAAGUAGAAUUGUUGUUUCUAUAAGCCAUCGUUAAUUCGUUACUGGUACAGGAGACAACUGAGGAAACACUCAAUAGAUUCUAGAUUCUGCACUUUGUGUGAGGAUCAUGUGGUUGGUUAAA